UCCCCAGUUCGUCUCGUCCACGUGAAAACCCUAAUUCUGGUUCGUCAGGUCGCCUAGAAUCCCCUAAAAUGGCGACGGAGAAGGGCGCGAGCAAGCCCCGGUGGGGCGAUUUCGGAGAGGACGAGGAAGAAGAUCUCGAUUUCUUGUUGCCGCCGAAGCUGGUGAUCGGACCGGACGAGAAUGGGAUAAAAAAGGUGAUCGAGUACAAGUUCGAUGACGACGGAAACAAGGUGAAGAUCACCACCACGACGCGGGUCCGGAAACUAGCGUCGGCUCGGCUGAACAAGAAGGCGGUGGAGCGGCGGAGCUGGCAGAAGUUUGGAGACGCUGCUCGUGAGGAUGCCGGAAACCGCCUCACCAUGGUUUCGACGGAGGAGAUUCUUCUAGAACGCCCUAGAGCUCCUGGUACGAAAGCGGAAGAACCUAAAGUCGCUGGGGAUAACUUAUCACAGCUUGGGAAAGCUGGUGCUGUUCUAAUGGUGUGCAGGACCUGUGGUAAAAAGGGUGACCACUGGACAUCGAGAUGCCCGUAUAAGAGUCUUGCAGCAACGACAGAUAUGCUAGGUGACAAGCCUGUUGUGUCAGAGACAACCUCAGCUGCAGCUUCCGGAGGUGGAAAGGCUGCCUAUGUGCCACCAAGCAUGAGGGCAGGAGCUGAUAGAAGUGCAGGUUCGGACAUGAGACGGAGAAAUGACGAGAACUCUGUUCGAGUCACCAACCUCUCGGAGGACACCCGAGAACCCGACCUUCUCGAGCUGUUCAGGUCAUUUGGUUCGGUCACUCGUGUCUAUGUAGCCAUAGAUCAGAAGACGGGUGCGAGCAGAGGAUUCGGAUUUGUCAAUUUCGUGAACAGAGAAGAUGCUCAGAGGGCAAUCAACAAGCUGAACGGAUAUGGGUAUGACAACCUCAUCCUUCGAGUUGAAUGGGCUACUCCCAGAGCCAACUAAACUGCCAUUACUCGUUUGUUCUCCAUUAAACAUAUAUUGCUGGUUUAUGUUCUGGUUUGAUGUAAUAGAGCUGGCAUGUGUAUUACCUGGUUUAUUAUUCUUGGAUUUAAUUUUAGCCUUAUGUUCUCAGACUCUGUACUUUCAUUUUCAAUUUGACAGAAAGUUGUCCCAAA